CAGCGACGGAAGCGACGUAAGGAGGCUUUGCUCCGCCCACUUUAACUCGGAUAUUACCGCGGUAAACGGUACAGUCUUUUCUUUUCUUAUCGUCGUUUGAUCUUUUACGACAUUACAUCUUUUUCUUACGUUUUUCACUGUUUAAUCGAGGAAAUGAAAAGAAACAAGAAAAACGAGUAAAAAGACUUCUUUUUUUUAAGGUCACGCAUCCCCCACGUCAUCAUUUUGUUGCAGAGCAUGCUUCACGAUGUACAAGAAGAAGAAGAAGAAGAAGAAAAAGAAGAAGAAGAAGAAGAAAAAGAAGAAGAAGAAGAAGAAGAAAAAGAAAAGAACAGUAGCCUCGAAAAGGGGAAAAAAGAGAGGGAAAAAAGAUACGUGUUCCGAGGAUAAAAAACAACAGUAUCUUGAUCGCAACUUUUUUUUUUUACAGUUAGAGCGUCCUUGAACGAUAAUGAGCAAAGGAACGGAAAGGACGAUUGGUUCCGGCGAAUUCACAAUUUGGCGGCAGUUUCGAGGCGCGAACACGACAUAGCGGCGUGAUUUUAGACAAAGCCGUGAGAGUGCGCAUUAAACGAAAGAAAGAGGUGGGGAGGGAGAAAGAAAGCACGAGAGAACAACUGACAGUCAGCGUUUUUAUUCAUCAUCGAUGUGGCGCCGACAACGGCGAUCAGUACGACAAGUUGUUGGAUGCGUCCGCAGGAGCAGAAAUAUUUGAGAAGAAAGAGAAGAAUCAAGAAAGGUGGUCGGAAGAGAUUCCUUCGUUCCUCUCUUUCUCGACCGUGUCGUGAAAAAUUCGAGUUGCGCCGAACGGCAAACUCGGCGGCACAGAUACAUAUCGUGAAGAAAGAGAAAGAGUGCGCGCGCGAGCGAGAGAGAAAGAGAGGGAGAGAAAGAGAGAGAGAAAGAAAGAAAGAAAGAAAGAGAGCGAAAGAGAGAGAGAGAGAGAGAGAGCGAGAGAGAGAGAGAGAGAGAGAAAGAGAAAGAGAGAGAGAGAGAGUUAACGGAGAGGACGAAGAGCAUCAGAGGAGAGCGCGCACCGGCUGACGCUCGAGAACAGCAGUACUUCCUCGAUUCCAUUCGUUAAGACGCGAGACUCAAAGAGACGAUGAGAACGUGCUGACGACAACGACGACGUCGCGCGUUAAAGAUUCGGAAACUAUGGCGAACAUCGCGGCGCAGCGAAUCAAACGGGAAUUCAAAGAGGUUAUAAAGAGCGAGGAGGUUGCAAAGUGUGCUAUUAAAGUCGAGUUGGUAAAUGAUAGCUUCACUGAAUUAAAAGGUGAAAUAGCUGGGCCACCAGAUACACCUUAUGAGGGAGGUAAUUUUGUACUUGAAAUCAAAGUACCUGAGACGUAUCCCUUCAAUCCUCCUAAAGUUCGUUUUAUAACAAAAAUAUGGCAUCCCAACAUAUCUUCGGUCACUGGUGCUAUUUGUCUGGACAUAUUAAAAGAUCAAUGGGCAGCCGCAAUGACUUUACGAACAGUAUUGCUGUCAUUACAAGCCUUGUUAUCUGCAGCAGAACCGGAUGAUCCUCAGGAUGCAGUAGUAGCUAAACAAUAUAAAGAGCAGCCUGACAUGUUUCGUCAAACUGCUAAACAUUGGACAUUUGUAUAUGCGGGUGGACCCGCAAAGAUGCCUGAGCUAGAUGAAAAAAUAAGAAGAUUAACAGAUAUGGGGAUUGAAGAACAUAAUGCAAGAGUUGCUCUUUCCUCAUAUAAUUGGGAUUUGGAACGUGCCACUGAGCAGCUCUUCAGUUAGUGAUAACUGUACAGUUAAUUCAUCACACAAAGACCACUCAUUUUGUCAUUUAGGAACUUCUGUAACAACACACUCAACUAAUAAUACCAUAGCAGUUUUAUAAUAAAAUUCAGCUCCUUUAAUGGCAAUAUUUCCAGUGUAAAAAAAAAAGAAGAAGAAGAAAGAAGAAAAUUCGAUAGAUACGAUUUGAUAUCUUUGAUAGUUAUCUGCUUGAUUUAUAAAAUACAGGCUUAAAAAAAAAAUCUAGUGAAACAUAUAAAGGCAAAAUUUAUAAGUAGCUAUAUAUCUGAAAGAUAAGGAUUACAAACAAAAAUUUAAUUUUUAAUUUUAAUUCAGAUGAUAUGAUAAUAUUGUGCUUUCUAAGCAUAUUUUUAACUGUUAUGGAAAUUAAGUAGUGUGUUUAUUACAUCUUUAUAUUAUUUUUUUUUAUAAUUGUACGAUGUUUUGGAACGAUUAAUGUUUUGAAUGGUUGAGUGUGUAUUUCUUUUAAUUUUAUGUACACAAAACAAACACAAACACAUACGUCUUCUUUUCUUUAUUUUCCGUUUAUAAAUUUUAUGGAUCAGGAUAUUACUUAUACUUUACAUAUAUUUGUUUUUCCCUUUUCUUAUAAACAAGUAAAUUUAAAGAAAUUUUUUUGGGUACUGUAGUGAAGUUUCUUGUAGAACGGUACCUGGUAUAUAUUGGUUUAUGUUACAGAAGUCAAUAUAUGAUACGAUGCUUCUUAUAUAAGAACAUAUAUCAAGACAGAAAA